UUUAAGUUCGACCAUGCUCAACCUUAGAGUCAGGUGUUAGGGUAACAGGGAUAGAUCAGCCUUUUGCUUCAUGCGCAGUUCUUAAGUGUGCCCUGUGCUUUUGUGUCCACCAGCACUUGAAUUUGUUCAGUCUAUAUAUGUAAUUAUGGCAAACCGAAUGUGACUCCUUAUGGUACUACCUUAUGUUAUUAUGGUCCCUUACCUGUUAAUUUUGUUUUCGUAGUAACUGCACUUCAAUACGUAUUGUCAAUCGUCUACACUUGUUUUGCACUAGAUGGACAAGUCUGGCAAAGUGAUUGCAAAGUGGGAUAGUAGAGCAACAAAAAUUUACACAGAAAUUUGUGUAGAAGAGGUCAAUGCACGGAACAGGCCACAACAAUUUCUAAACGCCGAAGGGUAUGCUAACCUCAUAAGGAAGUUUAAGGAACGCACUGGUCGCACUUACACCAGGGAUCAAAUGAAGAAUAGGUGGGACUCCUUAAAGAGAAUGUUCACCCAGUGGAAAACUCUUAAUGAAAGGGCUACAGGUCUUGGUCGAGACCCUCAUACUGGUUCAAUCAGUGCGCCAGAUGAGUGGUGGGCUAAGCAAAAUGAAGCAAUGCCAGGGUGUAUUAUGUUCAAAACAGCCCCCCUAGAGAAUGAGGACGAGCUAAAGGUUAUGUUUGGACCUAUUGUCUGCACAAAUGAAAGAACCCUUGUUCCUGGCGUCGAGGAUGCUAAUUCAUCAUCUGAUGAUCAUGUGGAAGCCACUUUAGGUGGGGGUGGAAACAGCACACCUGACCCAUGCUCAAAUGCGACUGGGAAGCGUAAGGUGCGUCAUGAUUCUCCAAAACCAAAGAAGAAAAAAGAUACGAGGGAAGAGUACAUGAAACACCUAGUGGAGGCUUUUGAGUCGCGUUCAAUGACCACUAACAAGUCCAUUACCUCUGCUGAGACCGACCCUGUUCGUGUUGAGGUUAUUGCGCAGUUGCAACAAGUGAUCGAUGAUGGUUCACCAGAAGGCAGCGACCUACAUUUGUUUGUCACUCAUCUGUUGAUUGAGAAAAAGUAUAGAGAUGUUUUUGCAUCACUGAAGACAAAAGAAGGAAGGAACGCUUGGCUGCGCCGUGCUUUCGAGAUAGAUCUAAAAAAGUCCACUUAGAUGCUACUCGUCCGACAACAGAGGCUGAUGUUCACUAUUAUGUUAGUUCUGUCAGUUUUAUGCGUCUUGUCGUGUCACUAUUAUGAGUAUUGUCGUGUUACAAAAUAAACUUUUCGUACGCAUAAUUUUCCCUUUCGAACAAUUUUGCAAUUAUUCGAGUUGAACAUGUAUUUCAAUAAUCAGAGUUGUAUGUUUGUGAACAAUGUGAAUCUGUGAACUUUCUGUCAUCUAUGAUACAUGAAAAUGUGUCUUAUAAACUGUGCUUAUACAUGAAUAUGUGGCUGUUGUUUGUGUGCAUGCAGAUGUGUGACCCUGCUGCACACACAUAUGAUCAUGACACGGAUGACAGAGAUGCACAAUUGCUUGUUGCCCUAUAUGCUGUAGACAUUUGGGGCAGGCCUUCCAGUGAGGUUUCUAGAAGAACAAUGGUUGAAACUGGUAUUCAAUGGGUUGAGCGAACUUUGGAGAAUAGUAACGACUGCUUUGACAUGUUUCGCAUGCGACGUACUGUUUUUAGACGAUUGCAUGAUACGUUGGUGGAAAAUAUGGUCUGCUUCCAAGCCGUGGUGUCAGUACUAUGGAAGCUCUAGGUAUUUUCUUGUGGGCAUGUGGGGGUCCACAAUCAUUUAGGCAGAUAAGGAAUAAGUUUGGUCAUUCCUUGGAAACUAUUAGUCGCAAGUAUAGUGAAGUCCUUAAUGCACUAUAUAAGAUGUCUUCUGACAUAAUCAAGCCCAAAGACCCAAAUUUCAUCGAGAUUCAUCCUCGUUUGCGAGAGGGGAGAUUUUGGCCCCACUUCAAGGAUUGCAUAGGAGCAAUUGAUGGUAGUCACUUUCCAGCGUCUGUCCCGGCCUCGGAGCAAGCCAAAUAUAUUGGUCGGCACGAUUACGCAUCGCAGAAUGUAAUGGUCGUUUGUGACUUCGAUAUGAGGUUCACAUUUGUUGUCAUAGGAUGACCAGGUUCGUACAUGACACUAGAGUAUUACAAGAUACUUUGAUAACUUAUGCGGACAGGUUCCCGCAUCCACCGGAAGGUAUAUAAGUAUGUUGUACUUUUGUAUCAUACGGUAUUAAUUUAUGUCUUAAGUAUUUAACUUUUUUAUUUUAUGUUUGUGUAGGUAAAUACUAUCUUGUCGAUUCAGGUUACCCAAAUAGAAAGGGGUACCUUGCACCUUUUGUUGG